GACUCCCCGCACCGCACUCUGCGCCGCUUCAAGAAAAAUAAGACAAAGCCAAAAGAAGAACUGGAGGAACUGAAAAAAGAGGUGACCCUUGAUGAUCACAAGCUGUCUCUUGAGGAACUCCGCCAUAAAUAUAAGGUGGACCUCUCCAAAGGUCUGACCAAGGAACAGGCUGCCCGUAUCUUAGAAAAGAAUGGACCAAAUGCCUUGACCCCUCCCCGAACCACGCCAGAGUGGGUCAAGUUUUGCAAGCAACUCUUUGGUGGAUUUUCCAUCCUGUUGUGGAUUGGGUCCAUACUUUGCUUUCUGGCUUACUGGGUCCAGACCCUCAUGGGUGGAAAAGCAGAGAAAGACAACCUCUAUCUGGGCAUUGUGUUAGCAGCCGUUGUUAUCGUGACCGGAUGUUUCUCCUAUUAUCAGGAAGCAAAAAGUUCCAGAAUUAUGGAAUCCUUCAAGAAUAUGGUCCCUCAACAAGCCCUUGUGAUCCGGGACGGUGAAAAGCUGCAAAUCAACGCUGAGUACGUGGUCUUGGGAGAUCUGGUGGAGGUGAAAGGAGGAGACCGGAUUCCUGCGGACUUAAGGGUCAUCUCUGCCACUGGCUGCAAAGUGGACAAUUCCUCCCUGACUGGUGAGUCAGAGCCACAAUCCCGAUCCGCAGAUUUUACCAAUGAGAACCCCCUGGAGACCCAAAACAUCUGUUUCUUCUCUACCAACUGUGUUGAAGGUACAGCUCGGGGCAUUGUCAUCUUGACGGGGGACUACACUGUGAUGGGCCGGAUUGCCUCAUUGGCUUCCGGCUUAUCUGAGGGCCUCACCCCUAUUGCCCGAGAAAUAGGACAUUUUAUCCACAUCAUCACUGGAGUCGCCGUCUUCCUAGGGGUGACAUUCUUCAUCCUGGCCUUGGGCCUUGGCUAUAACUGGCUGGAAGCUGUUAUCUUCCUGAUUGGCAUCAUUGUGGCUAACGUGCCAGAAGGGCUCCUAGCCACGGUCACCGUCUGCUUGACUCUCACGGCCAAACGGAUGGCUCGCAAGAACUGCCUGGUGAAAAACCUCGAGGCGGUGGAGACCCUGGGGUCCACCUCCACUAUCUGCUCGGACAAGACAGGAACUCUCACUCAGAACCGCAUGACCGUUGCCCACAUGUGGUUUGACAAGGAGAUCCAUCAAGCCAACACCACUGAGACCUAUGCAGGGGCCAUAUUUAACACACGUUCCCCCACAUGGAUAGCACUGGCCCAUAUUGCAGGCUUGUGCAACAGAGCAGAUUUUAAAGCAGAACAGGAGCACGUCCCCACUGCUAAGAAGGAGACGACCGGCGAUGCCUCUGAGUCUGCACUCCUAAAAUGCAUUGAGCUGUCCUGUGGGUCGGUCAGGCAGAUGCGCCAGAAGAAUCCCAAAGUGGCCGAGAUCCCCUUCAAUUCCACCAACAAGUACCAGCUCUCCAUCCACGAAGCUGAAGACAGGUCCAAAGGUCACCUCCUGGUGAUGAAGGGGGCUCCGGAGAGGAUCAUGGAACAAUGCUCCACCAUCCUGUUGCAAGGGAAGGAGGUGAGCUUGGACAAGAAGAUACAGGAGGCUUUUCAAAACACCUACGACUACCUCGGGGGGUUGGGCGAGCGGGUCCUGGGAUUCUGCCAUUGCUACCUCCCUGAGCGACAGUUUCCCCGUGGCUUCAAGUUUGAUGUGGACAAGCCUAAUUUCCCCACCACCAAGCUCUGCUUCGUGGGGCUUAUCUCCAUGAUCGACCCACCUCGCGCUGCCGUGCCAGAUGCCGUUGGAAAGUGCCGCAGUGCUGGGAUUAAAGUGAUCAUGGUCACUGGAGACCACCCGAUCACUGCCAAAGCCAUCGCCAAGGGGGUAGGGAUCAUCUCUGAGGAGAGCGAGACUGUAGAAGACAUUGCGGCGCGGCGGGGGAUCCCGGUCAGCCAGGUCAAUCCCCAGGAAGCCCGGGCCUGCGUCAUCCAUGGCUCCGACCUCAAGGACAUGACCUCUGAGCAACUGGACGAGAUCCUCUUGAGACACUCUGAGAUAGUCUUUGCUCGCACCUCCCCACAGCAGAAGCUGAUCAUUGUGGAAGGAUGUCAGAGGCAGGGGGCCAUUGUAGCUGUGACUGGAGAUGGGGUGAAUGACUCCCCAGCUCUCAAGAAGGCCGACAUUGGCAUUGCCAUGGGCAUCACAGGCUCCGAUGUGUCCAAGCAAGCCGCUGACAUGAUCCUCCUUGACGACAACUUUGCCUCCAUUGUGACGGGCGUGGAAGAAGGCCGUCUGAUCUUUGACAACCUGAAGAAGUCUAUCGCCUACACUUUGACCAGCAACAUCCCGGAGAUCUCCCCUUUCCUCUUAUUUAUCAUCUUUAACAUCCCGCUGCCCCUGGGCACCAUCACCAUCUUGUGCAUUGACCUGGGGACCGACAUGGUGCCUGCCAUUUCCCUGGCCUACGAGAAAGCAGAGAGCGACAUUAUGAAGAGGAAGCCACGGAAUUCCAAGACGGACAAGCUGGUGAACCAACGCCUCAUCAGCAUGGCGUACGGACAGAUCGGCAUGAUACAGGCUCUCGCUGGAUUCUUCACCUACUUCGUGAUCAUGGCCGAAAAUGGGUUCCUGCCUUUAACCUUGCCAGGGAUCCGCCUGCACUGGGACGACCACUCUGUGAACGACCUGGAGGACAGCUACGGCCAGCAGUGGACCUACCAUCAGCGCAAAGUGAUAGAAUUCACUUGCCACACCGCCUUCUUCAUCAGCAUCGUGAUUGUGCAGUGGACUGACCUCAUCAUCUGCAAGACCAGGAAACUGUCGUUCUUCCAGCAGGGCAUGAGGAACACCGUUAUGGUCUUCGGCCUGAUUGAAGAAACCACCUUGGCUAUGCUUCUCUCCUACUGUCCAGGAAUGGAGGUGGCUCUGCGCAUGUACCCGCUCCGAUGGACAUGGUGGCUGUGUGCCGUACCGUUUUCUAUACUCAUCUUCAUCUAUGAUGAAGUCCGGAAGUUUAUUCUACGCCACAAUCCGGGCGGCUGGGUAGAGCAGGAAACUUACUACUGA